GAGUGAGAGAAGUGAGCAACAUCAAAUACUAGCUGAGUCUGCAGUUGAGAGUUGCUGUGAAUGAGAAAAGUGAGCAACUUCCCUCGCCUGUUGAGGGUUGCUGUGAGUGAGAGCAGGGGGCAACAUCGUAAGGCGUUGCUAAGUAAGUAGUUGUCUGUUGAGCGCACUGUGUGUGUCGUGUGUGUCUGUGACGAGGUGUGUGUCUGUAGUUCCAUAGACAUGGAGGAAUGUCUGUAGUUCCAAGGGAGUCUUUAUGGUGUUUUUUAUGAACAGAUCUUUAUGCUAUGUUCUUCGAGCAAAGUAUAAUGGCGUUACUAGGGAUGAAGCCUUGAUCAUUAUUUACUUUCAAUGAUCUCAUUAUUUGCCCAUGAUCCCAGUCAGCGAUUGGGAGAGACCCCCUUUUGUUUUUAAGAGCAAGAGGAAGUUUUUUUCCAUCAACAAGAAAAUAUCGUCUUCCUUUCCUUCGGAACUAGGCGUCGAUCGAAAUUAAUACUUUGUUGGUCGUCGACCGUCUUUGUUCUACUUCUACCACUAUCUCUUAUAAUUUGAGACAGUCAUACUGGUUAUCUCAUCUUCCUGCUUGAUCUCGGCCUGUCCUCUUGUCUUACUUGGUAAGUACGUCUUAACCCCGUCUCACCUUCCGUAAAAAUGGUGCGUCGCUCGUUUCUUCUCCUUCCGGCUUUGGCCUUCCUCACUGGCGAAGUGGAUGGUGUAAGUCCAAUGGGCCUUGCCGCCGCAGCCGCCGCAGAAGCUUCGCAGGCUGCCGAGGCGCAAAAAGAGGCUGCCGCGGUGCGGCUCGGUGAAAUAGGGGCGAAGGAGCUGGCCGUUGAUCCCACCAAGAAAGAACACGUCGCAAGCAAAGCACGACGCGAAGCGGAGAGGCAGUACAAGCAAGGAGUCCGGGCCGCCGAAAAGGCGGCCACAGACGCCGAGUUUUGGAUCGUCACCGCCCCCAAGGAGGUCGAAGCCGCCAAGAGGGAGGCCACCGAAGCCAAGGAAGAGGCCGAGGCCGCCAGGGGCUGGGCCGACCACUGGAAUGCCAGAGCCAAGGAAGCCGCCGCGAGGGGGGACGCAAACGAGAUGCGGAAGGAUUUGUACGGGAGGCACAUGGGAGCACUCAAGGACGCAAAGAGCGAGGCCGAAAAAGCCGAGAGGGCGGCCAGAAGAGCCAAGGACAAGGCCGCCGAAGCUAGCAGAAGGGCCGCCGCAUUCGUCGAGAAAGCCGAGAGCAGGAAGGCCGAAAAAGCCGAGAGGAAGGCCGCCGAAGCCAGCAGCAGGGCCCCCGCCGCAUUCGUCGCAGCCCACCUUGAUCUUAACCAAUUGGAUUAA